ACCGCAGAAUAGCAAGAGCAACUGGGGCACUAGGCACUGGGCACUGGUCACCAGCAGUCCAGCACCCAUCGAUGGAAACCGUCGGCGGCUGCAGGAGCGGCGCGGUCAAGCAGCUCAACGUGGGGGGCAAGCUCUUCGCCCUGGAGGCAAGCUCCCUCUCCCUCUCCCUCUCUCUAGAUUCCCCUUCUCCCUCCCCAAGCUUCGUGGACCGCGACCCCGCCCUCCUGUCCGCCGUCCUCUCCGCCAUCCGCUCCCCGUACUCGGCCGCUCCCGCCUUCCCAGCCGGUCUCCUCCUCGACGAGGCCCACUUCUAUGGCCUCCACGCCCAGCUCCUCGCCGCCCUCUCGCCCCCGCCCCUCCGCGGCUUCUCCGCCUCGCUCGCCUCCACCCUCUCCCCCCACUCCGAACCCUUCCCCACCGCCCUCGCGCCGCACCACGAUGGGUCUCUCUGCCUCGCACAUGGUGCUGGGCAGGUCACCUACUACUCCCCGGCUCUGGACCACCUCGCCACCUUCCGGACCCACCUCCACAGCGUCACCUCCCUCCGGCAGCUGCCCCCCACCCUCGCCGUCCUCGGGUCCAGCUCCGCUCCUGGGCUCCACGUAUACGACUUUCUGGAAGGCCGGCAUGUCGCCACUUUGCAGUGGUCGGACCCCACCGACCUUCGCGUCGGCAAGGCGAAGGUCAUCGCCAUCGCCGCCCGUCCUCCUGCUGAUGGCGCUGAUAAGAACUCGCCGAUCUUGGCAACGUUCGAGUGCCCGCACAGGGAGAAUUGCAUCCUGGCGGUUGACCCUGUAACUCUGAAGCCCACACUGGAGAUUGGCCGCCAAAGUGGGAGUGGAGCUAAAUCGUCAGUGCCAGAUCGAGUGGUGCACCUGCAGGAGCUUGGGCUGGUGUUUGCGUCUUCUGUGAGCGUGGGGGCAUUUGGCUACUCAGGGUACAUGAGGCUGUGGGACAUUCGGUCUGGGAGUGUGGUAUGGGAGACGAGCGAACCAGGGGGAACUGGAAGAAGCAGUAGGUUUGGGGAUCCAUUUGCAGAUGCAGAUGUGGAUGUCAAGCAGCUGACACUAUACAAGGUGUGCUCGAAGUCAGGAGAUGUCGCAGCUGCAGACCUGAGAUGCCUUGGUAAUGACCCUUGGGUGUAUAUGUCGUCAGGACCGAGAGGAAGCGGAGGAGGCCAUGGCAGUGUUCUGCAUUGCUUCAAGUCUCAAGCAUUUGUCAGCCGGAAGGACGGAUUGGAGGUUUGGUCCCGAUUGGAAGAAUGGGGCUGUGACACAGGCAACUUGGCAGAGCAAACGGUAACAAAGCAAAAACCCAACAGUGAAGCAAUUAGUGAAAGAAGUUUUAGGAGUUGCUAUAUGGACACGGAAGAGGAUGCUAAGCGUGGGAUGAUACAGAUGAUGGAAGGAGGUGGAGACCGCUUGUUCGUGACCAGAGAAGAUAUGCAAGGUGUGGAAGUGUGGGAGAGCUCCCGCCUGGCUGGUGCUCUCUCUCUUUCAUAGCAGCUUCUCGCCUUGUGAACAUGGACUGAACAUUCAGUAGGGCCUAUCAAAAAAAUCUAGAGUGCAUUUGAAAGUAGCCAAAUUCAUGUUCUGUUUGCUCGGUUCAUGCACAAUUCUGUACUGAAAAUAUGGGGCUUCCUUUGUAGUCUUUCUCACAAGAAAUAAUAUGAUAAAAUUUCAUUU